AAUCUUGUUGCUCAAGUUAUCACAUUCUAUAGUCCCUUCUCGAUAAAAGAGAAGUGUUAAUACAGAAGAAGGUCCCUGCACUGCUCAUUCUCAAACCGUGUGCUUAGAAAACUACCUCCUCCGUUCUAUUUCGGAAGCCUAGAUAAGAGCCUCACAUCAAGAAUAUGGCAGCAGAAAAUGUCCAAAAUGAGAAGACAUCAUCCGCUGUUACUCCAAAUCCAGCCAUGACUUCGUGUAGGAAGAAGAAGAGCGAACAAGCGACUUUUCUAGAAGAUAUCAAGGAUCACAUGGAUGAAUUUAUUCAUGCUUCUAUGGAUGAACACAAAACUUGCUUCAAGAAGACCAUUCAAAAGAUGUUUGGCAUGUCAAAAAUUGUUGCGGAAAGGAAUGCCGAGGCUAAAGAGGUUGAAAGUUCUCUGCCCCUGCAAACAACAUUGGCUAAGUAGAAUUUUUGGCACAUCUUGAUUUAACGGGCUUAUAUCAAUAGAGUAGAAAAGAAUGACAUAUAACUUUUCACUAUGCUCUCAAUUUGUAAUUUUCACUCUCUUAUUUCCACUGUGUGUAUUAGUAUUGCAAUCGUUGUGUAGAACUUGGAUUGGUUGGUUUCAUUGCAGUGAAUAGAUUCACUGGUUUCUUCUGCUCUUUGUACCACUCAACUUGUUGGUGGUAGCAGGACUAUGAAAGAUCGACGAACUGUCAAGUGUUCAAGGAA